AUGGCUCUCUCACGUACUACUCUUGCCCUUACUCUCAUUGUCGUACUUGUAGGGUCUGCCCUCGCACAAGGCCCCUCUAUAGCCCCAAGCCCGGCCCCUACCACAUCUGUGGCACCAGCCCCCACCCCAGUCAUGUCAGCUCCCGCCCCAUCAACGCUCGCCCCAAUGGCGCCCCCAGUUGAGGCUGUUGCCCCAGUGAUGCCCCCAGUUGAGGCUCAGACCCCAGCACUAGUACCACCUAUGUCCCCAACCGAAGCCCCAGUGAUGACCCCACCCAUGGUCAUGGAGGACCCUACCAUGUCCAUGGCCCCUGCCCCCGGUCCAUCCGUGGAUGGUCAUCAUGAUGGUGAUGGUCAUGAUCAUGAUGAGGGUAGUGCUUUUCUUCAUGGAAGCAGCUUUGCUCUUGUGGCUGCCCUUGGAGCCGUUGCCGUCUUUGCCUAA